CAUUAGAUUUCGGUUGAAAUUUUUCAAAUUCUAUGGUUUAAUACUGAGUAUUGGUGAUGAAUAUUGGAAUAUUCUAUGAUAUUGACUUCAAAUUAUUGGUGAAAUAUAUUUAUUUUUUUUAAGUAAGAUUAUUAACAAAAAAUAUGAAGAAACGUAUCGAUGGCCGUCGAUUGGCACAAAAUAUUGGAGAACAAGUAAUUUUACUUGGAACUAUAGGAAAAAAAAGUUCAAAUGGUAGAAAUUUAGAAUUAAGAACAACUGAUGGUAUACAAGUAAAUGUAACUUUACCAGAACCAAUUGAUGGCAAUGCAGAAGGUUAUAUAGAAGUACAUGGUACUUUACAAUCUAAAUCUACAAUGAAUUGUAGUAAUUAUAUAGUGUUUCCUCUUAGUUUAACUGAAGAAUUUGAUGCUGAUCAGUAUAAUGAAUUAAUGGUUAUAUUAAAUAUAAUAGGAGUUGAAAAAUUGACAGAAUGUGAAUGUGAGGAAGAAAAUGAUGAUUUUUAAAUCAUCAUAGAAAUGCUUUAUAAAGUAUUGAUAAAAAAAUCAAUUAUUACAUCAAUUUCUUAUAAGAAUAUUAUCAUUUUUACAUAUAUUUAAAGUUAUAAAUUAUUUUUUUUAACAAAAUGAAAUUGUAUUUAUAAAUAGAA